AAAGUGAACUAUGUCAACCGUUGGAUCACACUCGAUCAAUCACAACCUAUCCUCCAUCCGACGGUCCAUCCUAAUCUAAAUCCCCUCACCAUACAAAAAACCAAGUGCCCCCACACACCAAAAUUCUUUUUUCUCAUCUUACACACUUUUCACGCCGGUAAUGGCCGGAAACUCACCACCACAACCGCCACCGGCACCACCACCACCACCACCGGCGACUGUAUCCAAUACUCCAGAUCCUACCGGAUACUGGUGUUACCAAUGCGAAAAACGAGUACCUGUAGAAACCGUACCGAACAACCCUAACGUCGUCUGUUUCGAGUGCAAAAACGGAUUCGUUGAAUCGAUCUCAGUUUCAGUUAGCAAUGAAGAGACUCCGGCGUUCGGUAACGAGUUCGUUCAAGUUCUCCAGCUGAUUGCUCAGGCGGCCCGUGAAGACGACGAGCCGCCUCCACCUCCGCCUGAUUCCGAUCGUACGGCAGACGGUUGGGGUGAUAACGAUUAUCUCCGUAUCGAGCUCGACGGUUGGGAUAACGGUAACUAUAUCGUCACCGAUGAAGAAGAUCAGGAGUUUCGAGAUCAAGUUAGGUCACGCUGGUACUACGAUGAAGAAGAUGAUGAUGAUGACAUCAUAACAAACGAACGGAUCGAGAAUCGAAACGUAGAACAGAUCGAUAAUCAGAUCGAGAAUCGGAUCGAAGAACAGAUUGAAGAUCAGAUCGAGAAUCGGAUCGAUGAACUUAACGAAAACGGAGAUGAUGACGUCAGAAGAGAACGGCGUGGCGUACUCCGUUUACGGUACCUGAACGAUGAGCAUAACGAACACGAUGAUGAUGAUGACGUCAUAAGAGAUAGCCGUGACGUACUCCGUAUCCGGCACUUGAACGAUGAGCAUAACGAACACGAUGAUGUUGAUGACGUCAGAAGAGAACGGCGUGACGUACUCCGAUUACGGCUCCGUCAAGUGGCGAGCCGAGCCGCGAGCCGGCAUAAUCGGAUUCUCGAUUGGGCGGAGAUGCUAAUGGGACUAGAAGAUCAAUCAAUCGAGUUUAGGUUACAAGUUAACGAUAACGAUGAUGACGAUAGCAACGAUGAUGCUUACGUCGGCAAUCCUGGAGAUUAUGUAGAUGCAGCUGGAUAUGAAGCGUUACUGCAAACCCUAGCUGACAGCGAUAUCAUCGGGAGGAGAGGUGCACCGCCUGCAGCGAAAUCAGCGGUUGAGAAUUUACACACCGUUGAGGUGAAUAGUUCAAAUUGUAAUGAAAUAUGUGCUGUGUGUAAAGAUAAUGUGGUGAACAAUGAGGGGAAGGUUGUUAAGCAGUUGGAAUGUGGGCAUAUGUAUCAUGGUGAGUGUAUAGUUCCGUGGUUAGGUUCGAGGAAUUCGUGUCCGGUUUGUAGGUUUGAGUUGCCUACUGAUGAUCCGGAGUAUGAGGAAGAUAGAAAGAGGAGAUUGGUAACAAUGGCUGCAGCUGCUGCAGUAGGUGAUCAUGAUGGUUGUUCGUCAAAUUCGGGUGGUGUUGGGUAAGAACUGGUAUGGUGAUUGGGUGUUGAUUGUUGUUGGAAACUGAUUGUGUUAAGUUAUUGUGUUGGUUAUGUUGUAAAUACAUAUUUACUCAAUCUGAAACAUGAUUUGUAUUGUUUUGUUGUAUAUUUACUUAGUUGUUUACUUCUCUUUGUAUUGUUGGUUAAUGUUUAUAAUAAAGCUGGGAUGGAUUGAUAUUUCUUGU